AUGGGGCAACUUGAGCUAGCUCUUGUAGCCGUGGCAAAGAAGAAUACUUUAAUUUCUAACCUUUUUCGUUUGGUUGCUGAUGUGGUCAAUAUUGUUGGAGCAUCGUCUAAACGUUGUGAUCAUCUUCGAGAGAAACAAGCAAAUAUUGUUGCAAAAGCAUUGGAGAAUAGUGAGAUUUUAAGUGGAAAGGGACUUAAUCAAGAAACUACCCUUCAGCGUUCUGGUGAUACGCGUUGGGGUUCACAUUAUAAUUCUUUGAUUAGCUUGCUUGCCAUGUUCUCAAUUGUUAUUGAUGUGCUUGAAAUGAUUAGUGUUGAUGGAUCAAAUUCUGAUAAAAAAUGUGAAGCAUAUAAUUGGUUGGAGUCAAUACUAUCAUUUGAUUUUGCAUUUAAUCUACACUUGAUGAGAACUGUUUUGGCGAUGAAAAAUGAAUUAUCAAAGGCAUUACAGAGAAAAGAUCAAGAUAUUGUAAAUGCAAUGGAAUUGGUGAAACUAUGCAAACAACUACUCCAAUCUUUUAGAAAUGAUGGGUGGGAUUCGUUUGUGCAACAAGUCUAUUCUUUUUGUCAGGUGCACUACAUUGAUGUUCCAAACAUGGAUGAUAUGUUUAUAUGCCGUGCAGCUCGUGGUCGCCCACAACAUCAAGCUCCAGAAAUAACAUAUUUGCAUCAUUUCCGUGUAGAUUUAUUCUAUGUUGUCAUUGAUAUGCAACUUCAAGAGUUGAAUGAUCGUUUUUCGGAGGCAAAUAUCGAGUUGCUUCUUUGUGUAGCAUGUCUAUGUCCAAAAGAUUCAUUCUCUGCUUUUGACAAGAAGAGAUUGAUUCAACUUACUGAGUUUUAUCCAGAAGAUUUUUCAUUAGUAAAUCUCCUAACACUUGAUGAUCAACUAGAAACUUUUAUUUUUAAUAUGCGCUCUAACAAAGAGUUUGAAGGAUUGAAAGACCUUGGUGAUCUUGCAGAGAAGUUGGUUAUGACGAAAAAAAACAUAAUAUAUCCGUUGGUGUACAAACUUCUGACUUUGGUACUAGUUCUCCCGAUUGCUACUGCUACUAUCGAGAGAGUAUUUUCUGCAAUGAACAUUAUGAAGGAUAGAUUGCGCAAUCGAAUGGGAGAUCAGUGGAUGAAUGAUAGCCUAGUUGUUUAUGUUGAGAAAGAGAUAUUUUUGAACAUUGAUAAUGAAGUCAUUAUACAACGUUGUCAAAAUAUGAAAUAUCGCAAAGAACUAUUAUAUGAUAUUGAAUAA